AUGGCGGCGCCAAGUCAAUUUGCUGAGCCUCCUAUCGUGCCUGAAGCCAGUGAUCACAGGCCGUCGGAGAGACCCGUCUCAAAGACAGUGGAGGCCGUGGGCGACACUCCCUCAGUGGUGGGAGAAACCCAAGUCCCCAUGGACUGCGACUCUGGCAUGCGCAUUCAGGAACGGACCGUCUCGCCAUUCUCAAGAACCCAGAGCAUCGGUCUAGUCUCUCAAGUCGUUCCAUUCACCCGCCACGAGACUCAGCAAGCCCGUAACUCGCCCUCAGGCUACAAUUGCUCCAUCAUCCCAAUAACGAUUCAACCAACGUCGGUAACGACCACGAACAUGCCAAAUGACAAGCUCAGCGAUAACGGUGCGCUUUUGUCAAACAACGUCUCAUACGGCAUGACGGCGCAACAGCCUCAACCUCUCGCUUCUCCGCCCACUACCGCAACUGCUGACGACAACGAUGCCUCGUGCGCCAAAGCCAGUCCUGAAAUGUGGUUGCCAACUUGUUAUCCGUCAAUAUGCUCAGAACCCGUUAUCGACUGGGUCUCUCACGAAAUUGGCGUGACGGACUUCAUAGCCACCGCUCGACGGCUCAUGACAGAUGUCUUGAGUAACGAGACUCUGAAAAAGCGAGUGCCACCGCACAGGACACCUGAGCCCGAGCCUGCCUUGGCUUGGACCUGGGUCGCCGCUUUCUUCGACAAAGGACUAGACAGUGUUUUCGGUCUAGUCCAUCGCCCUAGCUUUGAAGCACGCCUACGGGCGCAUUUCGAAUCGGGUGAUUACUCGGAGGGCGACUUGGCAUGGUACGCAUUGCGAAACACCGUGUAUGCUACAGGCUGCCGAAUCGUAGUCUCUGGAAGCAAUUCUCACAAUGCUUUCAACGAAGCCCGGACCCAAUCUUGGCCUUACUUUGAGAACGCGCUGUCCGCGCACACCGACUUGUUGUUUUCUCGAAGUGACAUGACAACCAUACAAGCCUUUCUAGCCAUGGCAUUCUAUGCCGAGGGUCUAGGAAGCCCAGCCAUCGAGUUCCUCCUGGCUUCAAAUGCCAUGCGCCUAGCUCAAGCAAAAGGAAUGCAUCACCAGGUCAUGAAAAGCUGGAAGAUGCAUGAGGAGGAUGUGCAGAUCCUUUACUGGCUCUGGUGGUGCAUCUACUGCUACGACAAAUAUCUUGCAUACCGAUCAGGACGUCCCUCGGCUAUCGACGAUGACGAUAUAAGCACGCCUAUACCGACUUCCGUCCCCGAAGGCAGCACAAUCAACCCCCAUUUCUUCCAGCACGUUAUCCGCCAUGCUCAGAUCUCCUCGGAGAUCUCGAAACGUCUCUACACCGUCAAGGCCAAGAGACAGACGCCGCACGAAACCCUGUUGGUUGUAAAAGACCUGGAAGCCCGACUCCACAAAUGGCGAGAGUCGCUGCCAUCGUGUUUUCAAUCAAGCCCUCCUUUCAAAAACCUCGACCUCCCACCAAACACGCAUUUGUUCCAUGUGAUAUAUCUCCAUUUCUCCUACUACGGAUCCUUGAUCACAAUACACACUGCCUUCUGCUAUCCAUGGAGCCGGCCCAGCACUGGAGACAACCGCGGCCCCAAUCUCCAGGCCCAGAGGCAACAAAGUCUCGAAGUUGUGGCUGAUGCAUCGCGAAAGAUCAUCGUCGCCACUCAGAGGCUGGAAGUGAGCGCCGCGUCACCUGUAUGGCUCACGUUCUACUACCCACUAACGGGGCUCAUCAACCUCUUCAUCUACAUUCUCCAAAACCCCACACAGCCAACUGUCAACGAGGACCUUCCUCUCAUGGAAGUGAUCGUGGGCCACUUCGGAUAUCUCGAGUAUGCGUCAAACUCGGAACUUUUGUUCCCUUUUCCUCGAGAGAUCGUGAGUUACGCCAGAAUGGUCGUCAAGCACGCUAGAGAAGGACUCCCGAUAUCUGGCGCUUUUCGUAAACAAUUGUCUUCCAUCACUGCCAUGGAUCCAAGUGAGCAGUCCGCUGAUCAUGGACCGCAAGAUGUUAGUAUAUGA